GAAAGGGUUGUCCGCUUAGGACAGCGCGGGUCUUAGUCACUUUUCCGGCCGGACACCGAAGUGGUCUCGGGUGCCUGUUAAUUCUUGCUUGGCGGCGACAUGGUGCGGACCAAGGCCGACUGCGGGGGGACUGGCGGGGCUUACCGGAAAGUGGUGGCCGCUAGGGCUCCUCGGAAAGUCUUCGGCUCCAGUAGCGCUAAUGUGGACUCCUCUCCUUCUUCGCGGAAAGCUGAAAGCAAGUACGCAGGGGGCAAUCCCGUCUGUGCGAGGCCCACCCCACCGUGGCAGAAAGGAAUUGGAGAGUUCUUCAGCCAGACCUCUAAGUGCUCAGAGAAAGAGAACCAGGUCUCCGAUGAGGAACCAGGAUGCAGCGGAAUAGGGAAGCGUAGGAGAAAGGCUGUCCCUCUGCCCCCUUGCCCUGCUGCACACGACACCUCUGACGAUGACCAAGUAUGAAUCAAUCGGUUCCUGCCUCUUCCUGUUCAUUGAUUUUGCCACGUGCUGUCUAAUGAGGCUUUGUCUGCGUGUACAUCUGUAUAUAUGCGGUCUGAAUAUGGGUCUGUUCCAAAAGCAUGGCAGACUUAACUUUGUUUACUUCAGACAUUCUUAAUCUAAAGCUUGAGUGCUGGCUAGGGAAACUGGGAGAGCUUGUCAGUCCUAGAAGAACAGCUGCCGAUGCAAUAAGUGGUGUUUCUUUCUGCACUUGCUGACUUCCGUGCCAUAAUGUGUUAAAAACUAUUAAACUUUUAA